AUGGGACGACGACUGAUGACGUCAAGGGACCGGAGCCACAAAGACAUCGACAAACUACAGGAAGCCAUUGUAGCGCAACUAUCGCAAACGCAGCGCGGGUGUCGACGUGUUCCAUAUGAUGGGUCUGCCGUUGGAAACGAUACUGCUGCGGCUCGAGCUGUGUACCGACAAAUGCAAAGAAUAGCAGAGCUUGUCGUGCAUUCAGGAUGCUAUACGACUCAACGUUCUUCCGACUCGAUCUUCUUGGACCUUUCGGCUGUGACCCAACUCUGCGAUCAAAAGUUUGUCACUUAUAACUACGACAACAUCCCAUCCAUAUGGAGGGCCAUCUACAUUGAUGCACAGCUCAUCAGGGCACUUCAUGUCCUCAAGGCUCUUGGAAUACACCUAAAAGUUGCUCAUCUCGAGCGCUGUAUCCGCAAUCUGGACUUGGCACUCAUCGUUGCAGGCGCUGCAUCCACCUCCAAAGGUCAACUUUGCCAUGACCUCAUCAUUCGACUCCAAUCAAUGCUUUCAGAGCUCGAACAAUAUAAUUCACAUAAGCCAGAGAGCUAUGACAACGAUUGCAGUCCUCCUCGCAAGCGGUUCAGGACAGCAAAGGUCGAAUGCUGGAGCCCUGGCCUCUCUGAAACCAUUCAAGCUGAUUCUUUGAUUCGAGAGUUUGCCUUUGGAGAAGCACCCUCCUUCAUGGACUUGGCUGCACCAGAUACAUCUGUGCGGCUCACACCUUUCAUUGUCAGGGCCUAUGCACAAGAAGCAGGCUGGUCCGCUGUACAGUCAAGCAUGAACAAGUCAGCGCCUGGCUCCUGGUCUUCGAUGGAGCAUCUUCUGCAAAUGGCGGGCCCGGGCCGAGUGGUGCCCGUCGAGGUUGGCGCCAAUUACAUUCGCAAGGACUGGGGCCAGGAUGUGAUGCUCUGGAGCGAUUUCCUCCGACACUGUCGUUGGGAUGAGACCGAACAAGUCAGCGGCGCACGAGGUGACCAGAUCAGCAACGCCCUCUCGCCACGCCAGCCACUCAUUUACAUGGCCCAGCAUGAUCUCACUUCCCAGUUUCCAGCCCUGGAGCGCGACUACAUGCUUCCGGACUAUGUCUACACGUCGCCAUCGCCUUGCAAGGAAUGCCCAAUAUACGCGCCUCCCGCUACAUCUAAUGGCGUGAUCACCAACCUCUGGAUUGGCCCCGCUGGCACUGUAUCCCCUCCGCACUACGAUCCUUUCUACAACUGCUUUGUACAGGCGGUUGGGUUCAAGGAAGUUUGGGUGGCUCCUCCGCAUUGCAGACCAAGCAACGAGAUGACUGGCUCGCAUUCAAGACGGUACGGCGAUUCCACCACGAUAGAACCAGAAGCAUCUUCAGGCACAGAUACAACAACUUGCAUCACCGAAGCUCUGAUGCAAAACACCGCCGACAUUGACGUAUUUGAAACGCUCGAAGCGGUGCCACCUUUUGUGAGAGCUGCAGCGUCGAAAGCAAUCCUCGGUCCUGGUGACCUUCUCUACAUGCCUCCAGGCUGGUGGCACUCUCUGCGUAGUAUGACACGAAGCUUUUCAGUAUCGACUUGGUUCUGA